CCGCUGUUGGCUCGAGUUACGUCCAUCGGCAGUCGAGAGGGGACUGACCUCGCCGACGAACUGCGAGUGGCGCAGCUUCGCUUCUGUCAUGGCGAUCUUCACGCCGACUAACCAGAUUCGCCUGACCAAUGUGGCCGUCGUGCGGAUCCGGCGGGCGGGAAAACGCUUCGAGAUCGCCUGUUACCGGAACAAAGUCAUGGGCUGGCGGAGCGGCGCUGAAAAGGACCUUGAUGAAGUACUGCAGACGCAUACAGUGUUUGUGAAUGUGUCCAAAGGUCAAGUGGCAAAGAAAGAAGACCUUGUCAAAGCUUUUGGCACAGAUGAUCAGACUGAAAUCUGCAAAACGAUCUUAGCCAAAGGGGAAUUGCAGGUCUCUGAUAAAGAGCGUCACACUCAGCUGGAGCAGAUGUUUCGCGACAUUGCAACCAUUGUUGCAGACAAAUGUGUGAAUCCAGAAACCAAGAGGCCCUAUACAGUCAUUCUUAUUGAAAGAGCUAUGAAGGAUAUACAUUAUUCAGUCAAGCCUGGGAAAAGUACCAAGCAGCAGGCUUUGGAAGUCAUCAAGCAGCUGAAGGAGACUAUGCAGAUUGAGCGGGCGCACAUGAGGCUGCGCUUCGUCCUCCCUCGGAAAGAAGGCAAGAGAUUGAAAGAGAAGUUGAAACCACUGAUCAAAGUAAUCGAAAGUGAGGAUUUUGACGAACAGCUGGAAAUCGUGUGCCUUGUGGAUCCAGGCUGCUUCCGGGAGAUUGAUGAACUGAUCAGGUGUGAAACCAAAGGCAAAGGAACCCUUGAAGUGCUCAGCCUAAAAGAUGUGGAAGAAGGUGAUGAACGCCUGGAAUAAUUGGGUGCCCGUUGCUACCACUGUGCAAAGACUGUAUUAAAAGGCAUCCUAGAGUUGCCUCAUUGUGGACUGACCUUUGCUUUUUUCAGUUUGAGGUUUUAUGUAAUUAUUACUAGUCCUCUGCCCCUUCCCCAAACUUUGGUGGGUGGUAUCAGUUGAAAGUACCUUAUAACCACAUCUUAGAUUACCUGAUAAUGGAGGGAUUUUACACUGAGUUUACUUCUGUGUUGGUUGUUUUGAGUGUAACUGCAAAGUGACAGUUUCAUGUCAAGUGCCAAAACGCAGUUCCUUAAAAGCCAGGGGCUUCAAGGAAGGAACUGACUGCAGUCUUCAAGAAUUAGCAGCAUGAGCUAGUAACUCAGGUUCCCUCAAAACAAGCACAGUAGUGUCUGGUCUUACCAGCAGGAUUUGUUAGCUAAGAGAUAAACAGCCAUUGGUUGCUUUGUAUGAAGUGAUUGCACAAGUAUAACAUUGUCCUAAUGAUAGAAUAGCACGAUUCUGUGGAUUGUGAUUUACAGGCCAUCAGAAGAGUUUAGUGGCCAUCCUUCCAGAGUCAGUCUUGGAAUUUGUUCUUGAGUUCAAUCCCACUCCUUACUCCAAGUGAAAUUGUAAAAAUACUGACCUGAUACUGAAACCACAAGCUGUUCAGAUAGUUUAUUUUGAAAAAAAAAAAUAGAAUAAUCUAGAAAAAAAUAUUAAUUAGACAACCUUUUAAUUCAGAUAAAAGAACUAGUUUGGCUCCAGUGAUGUUUUAGGCUUUUUUUGUUGUUAUACUAAAUUUAAUAUUUAAGAGUAAGCCAAAAGAACAGAGAUCAGUUCAACACAAAACUCUAGGGUGACUUUGAUUUCCUGUGAGUAAACUAAUAGCCUGCUGUCGAGAAGAACAAAACACGUAUUGCCUGAUAUUUAUCUUUUCCUUGUAACCCUUGGAAUUCAUAGUGCAAACUAUAAGAGAAUUCUUUGAGGAAAGCUGCACUUUUUACUUCCUUAGACACUGAGUGAGAACUUUAAAGUUCUCAUAUCUAAUACAAAUCUUGAUGUACAACAUCACAAUCAUUUCUAUUGUAGAAUGUCAGACUUAAAGUUUGGAAAUUCUUAGAUUUUAAAAACGAGGUUGUAUUACAGUGAAUGUGUAACUUAAAUAAUUAUAGCCUAAAAGCUGCCAUUAAUACACUGAGGAAGAUACCAAAGCAUAGGUGAGGGGAUGCUUCCACAAUGCCUAUCCUGGACACCCCCCCCCCCCUUUUUUUCUUUUUUUAAACAAGCACCUUCCAGCUACCAUCCUAAUCCCCAGCCCACAAAGCUCAGUAGUUUUGUGUCAGUGGCUAAUUUUUCAACUAUAUGACUAACAAGAACUUCAGGGUCUGUUACUCACAAAGGUUGUCUUUAUACAAAUAAACUUUACUGCUGCUUCCUCUUCCUCCA